AUGGCUCGACUGGUGGUUGUGGAUGAUACUGAUAGUAAUUUUCGGUAUUCCGGAGACUGGUCUCUGAUUGAUGGCGCCGACUAUGCGAGGCAAGGGAAUUUUGGAGCACCGUAUCGAAGUAGUCUGCAUCGCACGACAGCAGGCGAGGCGAGUUUCUCAUACUCCUUCGACGGAUCCGCUGGCAAAAUUUAUGGCACUAUCAAUGUCAAGACAACGAACGGGGUGACAGAUCCAACUUGGGAAUGCAAGGUGGACAAUACUAUCAUUUCAUUGGAGACCCCGUUCAAAUACACCGAAAACAACUGGGUUUUGUGCAAGUGGGACGAGAGUACAGUGCCUGCGGGUAGGCAUACAAUCACUGUGACGGCGAAGAGCAACGGUCAGGCCUUCUUGUUUGAUUAUUUCCUCUACACGCCUUCUCCUGGAGCAAAUGUUCAGAACGCCGAGAUACUUGUUCCCUUUAACAAUCCUGAUAUACAAUAUGGCAGUGGAUGGGUGAAGCUAGGGACAGAUGCUACUAUGGCUCCGGACGGAGGUGCAGUGAUGACAUUUCCUUUCUAUGGAACUGGAAUUACUUGGGUCGGUACUAUUCCAAGGGAACUUCCCCAGGGCUCUACUUCAGCGGAGUAUUCGAUCGAUGGACAGACAACAACUUUCCAACUCAUUGGCAACCCGGGCUCAACGACACAGUACUUCCAGAAAUAUUUCCAAGUGUCUGGUCUUCCGCUACGCACGCACACAUUGCAGGUUACUAGCCGGGGGAGAACGUCUUUGACACCCUUGGUCUUGCAAAAUGUCAUUAUCCAAGGCGGCUCGCUGCAGGAGCCCAAGGAUACCGACGGGACCGAUAAUGCAGGGGGAAAUUCAGGUAAUAAUGGAAACACCGGAAGUUCUGGAGGCUCUACAAAUGUCUCGGGAGGCACAACUCAAUCAUCUACCACCAGAUCGGCCACCACGUCUGGGACUUCAAGCAGGACCAGUACCCCGGUUGGCGUUAUUGUGACAACAGACUCAACAGGAAGCACUAUCACUAGCUCUCCUACAGCCUCUGCCACCAGUGGUCUCGGACAGGCUGUCGACUCUGAUGCUGAUUCUGUAAACCCUACUGAUAGCUCCAACAGCGUUUCCUCCAUUGGACCCAUCAUUGGUGGGGUUGUGGGAGGAAUAUCAGUGGUCAUUUUCAUCAUAAUUGCUCUCCUGCUUUAUCGACGACGGCGCGCAAGGCGGUCAGCUAGUAUUCAAGAAUAUUUGGGAGAAAGUCAAAGUCCGGCUGGCUUUGGAUAUACACGGCAGGCGCAACCAUUCUAUACCGACGCUACAGGGGGGUCUGUGGUGUCGUACUCUCAAGCGGGAGCUACGGGUCGCUCAGAAGCUGUAGCCAAUGGCGCAGUCGCAGACCGCGUAGCUGUUGAAAGUCAACACCAGAUGAGGCAGAUGCACGGCAAUGGCGCAAGUUAUACUUAUGCUCCUGCUGGCAACAGCAAGCGCGCUCGAAUGUUGUCAGAAUCUACCUCUGAUCCCUUCAGCGAUACGGAUGCGAACUACAAUCGUACCUUCAACCCGUCCUCCUCAUCCGGACUGCCGCUUGGUCAAAGCCAAGCGAAUUACAACGACAGUCAGAGACUCAGUUCUUCAGUCAGUGCGUACACAAGUAGCGCCAGCGUUGCAGCAAGCAGUGACCAACUUCUCCCACUGCGGGGUCCAUCCAAAUUCCAUGAGGCAUUUGGAUACACUGAGGCUUCUCAGCAACAACAACAACCAUUUGACGGACCUUCUCAGACGCGCCGUGCAAAUGUGGUGAUCAACCACGAGGACAGCGGGUACAGAAUGCCGCAGCCUUCACCUCCGACGACAGAAAUCAUUGAAUAUCCACCAAUGUACACGCCGUCGUAG